UGUAGCGAGAACCCGCAACUAAACUACUAGUACUUUUGCAUCAAAGAACAGAGAGCUUUCUACUGAUUUUUGAACACCAUGGAAAAACUUGAGGUUGUAGCAGUUGUCAGCAUAGUUAUUUUGUCCUUUUUCGCUAUCAUCGGAAAUACUACUAUUAUCGCUCUGUUCUUCAGGGUCCGCAGCCUGCAAACCACAUCGAAUACAUUCGUAGUAUCACUGGCGUUUACAGACCUCCUUAUUGGUGGGAUUCUAUAUCCUGUGCAGUCUUUAAUAGAUUUGAAAAUUGUAUAUGACCACCAGGGAUGUAUUAUUUUCAUCUGUUUAUUCAUAAUAAUGUCGCUGAUGCACGUGCUCAUCGUGUUGUCUUUAUCCUUCGAACGUUUCGUUACAAUCUGCAAACCAAUGGUGUACUCGACGAUCAUUACAGAGAAGAAAUGCUACAUUACUCUGGUCCUGAUUAUCGUCUACUCGUUGUUAAAUGGUCUUCCGCCAUUUUUCUCUUCAUUUGCAGUCACAUCACCUAUGCAGGAGUGUCAAGUAUUCACUGUUCUAUCAAAGGUCUAUCUUUUAUGGCUAGUAAUCAACUCGAUAAUUCCUCUUCUUUUAAUAAUCAUUAUCUUUGUUAAGCUGUUCUUCGUUGUACGUCGGCAUGCCAGGGUAAUAAGGGCGACUGAGGCAGCAUCAAUUGGGAUUGCGGUAAAUCCGAUUGCGGCAAAUUCACGGUUCAAGCUGAAACGCGAAGCGAAAUCUGCUGUUUUGUUAAUCUCGAUUGUUGUGUAUUUUAUAAUCACCUGGUCACCCCUUAUUGUGGCAAAUCUGAGCAAAGUUGAUAUGAAUGAAUUGUUUUACAUGAUUAUUCACUUCACUCUCUACAGCAACACUGUAGCGACUCCGUUCAUCUAUGGAUUCGGCAACAAGUUAUAUCGUUUUGCCGUUAUUGUUAUAAUUGUUAUUGUAUUCUUUACAGUUAUCUUACCGUUGCCUUACACCAUUCUACUGCCCAGAGAUUACCCCACCCCUUUCUUUGGUUAA